AUGUAUUUCGUUUUUUUCCAGAAACUCAAGGAAAAUGACAGAAAGAGGUCGACAGCUGUUGCUCCGCGCAACCAAGACUUUAUAAUUCGAGAUGAUGCGGUUUUCAGUGCGGAUGAUCCUGACAAGCUCGCCAAGGAGGAGAUGGACUUGCGCAAAACUCUCCGGGAAGCAGCGGCUAAAUUGAAGGCUAGUGAAACAGAGUUGUCGCAAUUACGAACCAAAGUUGAUACACAAUCUUCGGAGUUGAUCAUGGAACGCAUGCGAGCUUCUAACUAUGCAGAAGAAAAGGAAAUGCUCUACGACCAAGUCAACAAAAUGAAGUCUCUUUUGCUUGACGUAUAUGGAGCGCCUGACCGACAAAGGACCUCUACUAUAGGUCGGCAGCAUUCCAAGACCAAGGGAGCCAAACAGGAAUCCCUAAUCUCAGGAUGGUCAGCCGUGGAUCCAUCCCAGACACCGGAACGAAUUUUCCGAGUCAUUCUGGUCGGGGACUCCGCCGUCGGAAAGACAAGCUUUAUGCACCGAUUCUGCACUGGUGACUUCUACCAGAACACCCGUUCCACAAUCGGCGUGGACUUCAAAGCGCGAAAUCUUUUCAUUGAUGGCAUACUAUGCACGAUUGAACUCUGGGACACCGCUGGCCAGGAGAGGCAAGUCCUUUUCCUUUAUGAGAUAACGAAAUAG